AUGAAUACUGAUUCGGGUUGUAACUCAUCAACACCAUCCAAGAGUAAUAAUAAUAAUAGUAAUAAUAGUAACAAUAGUAACAAAAAUCAUAACAACGAUCAUCAUCAUUUAAUUGAUCUCCAAAACGAAACGAAUAACGACCAAAACAACAAGGAGCGAAUGGAACCCUCCAUGGUGAUGAAUAAUUUCAAAACUACAACAUGCGCCACAAAUAAUGUCCAUACUUCGUUAUCCCGUCCUUCAUCAUCAUCACCAUCCUCAUCUUUCUCCGCCACCAUAUUACCUCCUUUGUCGUCUCUUCAUCUGUUGUCCCAAGUUUCCACCGAGUGUGCUUCAACAACAACAAACCAGAGUGAACGAGUACCACAGGAUCAUCGGAUACAAGUGCUGAAUGCUGAUGAAUAUGGUUCCAACAACAAAUGGAUCCUCACAAAUUCAAAAGCUCAUGUGCGUGAAAUGCCACCACCUGCCUCUCCACUUUCGACCCAAAGCAGCAAAGAGAGCACUCGAUCGCUCGCUUCUUCUUCUUCGGAUGACCCAAAUAAGAUUCAAACAUGUACCUUACAAAAUCUACCAACAAUCGACUCUAUGGACGGCAAUACAACCCUAAAAAAUCAAUUGUUUAAGGAACAAUUUAAGAAGUAUGUCACUCAAUACAAGAGAAGAUACAAAAAGGUUGUCAUUUCCAAGACUCCAGAACAACAAAAAACGAUCCUUACGAAAUUGUUAAACUUUCAAGGUGGACAAUUUUUUGCCAAUCUGCAAAAUACCUCCAAGAAUCAGAUGGUCAUACAAGCAUGCAUGCAAGAAGGAGACCAACUCUUAGAUUUGGCCGUGUUAGUCACAAGAAAAAGAUUCAGUGCAAAACCCAAGCUUGAGGAUUUUUCAUUUAACAUGGUGGUUCUAUCAAACCCCACAUCAACGACGUCGUCGCAAUUUUUGCCACGAACCCCCGUUGCGAAGAAUUUAUCGAGUGACAACACCAACUCUGGCUCUGUCGGCCAACAAUCUAAGCCCACCUCUUCAUCCAUUUCAUCCAACGAAGCGCCAAUGCAAAAACGAUGA